AUGAUACCAAUGAAAAUUAUAUUUAAAAUAUUAUUUACACUACUUAUAACAGGUUUUGUAAUUAUUUAUUAUUUAUUAAAUAAAAAACAGUCAUCUACACUACUAAUCAAUAUAAAUAAUUAUCAUUAUGAGGUUGAUAAUUAUCAUUUUGAAUAUGAAAAUAAUUCUAUAUUAACUAAUAUUAAUGUAAUACCAUUCCCACAAUUUAUUGAUAAAAAAAAUUCUGUAUUAAUAAUAUCAAAUGGUUUUCGAAUUAUAUCAAAGCAAAAUCCGACAGAAGAUCUUCAAUUAGCUCUUCGUCGUUAUUCAAAAUAUAUAUCAUUAUUAAUAGGAAUAUCAGUAGAGAUUAAUCAAAAGUUUUUAUCAUCUGGAAACAAACUUAUUAUUGAUUGUCCAUUAAUAACAUCACAAAAUAAUACAUAUCCAAAACUUGGUGAAGAUGAAUCUUAUACACUUAAUAUAACAAAAACAGGUUCAUAUUUAUAUUCAUUAUCAUUAACAGGUAUUAUUAGAGGUUUAUCAACAUUUGUUCAAUUAAUUGAACGAAAUACAUCAUCAGAAAGAACUUAUAUUCCAUUAGUAAAUAUAACUGAUCGACCACGAUUUAUGUGGCGAGGUUUAUUACUUGAUGUAUCUCGCCAUUGGAUGCCUGUAUCAGUUAUUGAGCGAACAUUAAAUACAAUGGAAUUAAGUAAAUUUAAUGUUCUUCAUUUACAUUUAUCUGAUGAUCAAGGUUUUCGUGUUGAAAGUAUUGAAUAUAAUUUAUUACAUGAUAGAAAAGAGUUUUUUACACAAAAAGACAUUGAAUAUCUUGUUGAAUAUGCUCGACAACGACGUAUACGUAUUAUACCUGAAUUUGAUAUGCCUGGUCAUGCAACAAGUUGGUUUGUUGGUUAUCCAGAAUUAGCUAGUCAACCAGGUCCAUAUCAAAUUGCAACCAAAUGGGGUGUAAUGAAAGCUACAAUGGAUCCUACUAAAGAAAAUACAUAUAUAUUUCUUGAUAAAUUUCUUAAAGAAAUGACAAAAUUAUUUCCUGAUCCAUAUUUUCAUAUUGGUGGUGAUGAAGUUGAUGGUUCACAAUGGACACAAUCACCAACAAUUCAACAAUUUAUUAAUAAACAUAAGCUUGAAAAUAAUCAUGGUUUACAAGCUUAUUUUAAUAAACGUAUACAAAAACUACUUAAAAAAUAUGGAAAAAUAAUGGUUGGAUGGGAAGAAAUUCUUGAUGAAGUUCAUAAAAAUCUAAUGGUAGAUAAAGAUGCGAUUAUACAAGCGUGGCAACAUCAACAAGCAAUUGAAAAUGCCAUAAUAAAAGGUUAUCGAGUUAUAGUUUCUAAUGGUUAUUAUCUCGAUCAUCUUUUAUUAUCAAGAAAUCAUUAUAAAGUUGAUCCAAUUUUUCGUAAUGAUGUACGUUUACUCCAUGAACAACAACAAAGUCAUAUUUUAGGUGGUGAAGCAUGUAUAUGGAGUGAAUAUGUCACACCAAAUUCAAUUGAUUCUCGUAUUUGGCCUCGUGCUCUAGCUAUAGUUGAACGUUUUUGGUCUCCAUCUUCAAUUAAAGAUGAAAAUUUUCUUUAUGAACGUCUCUUUCGACUAAAUCAUUUAUUUGAUAAAAUGCAAACAGGUGUAACACAUAUUUCAUCAUAUAAAACUCAAUUACAAAAUUUAAUUCUUGAUCCAAAGAAAAAAAUCUAUCUUCUACAUCCAUUAGCUAUAUUAGCUGAUGUAUCUGAACCAUGUGGUCAACCAGAACGUUCUCGAACUUUUAAAUAUUCAACAAAUACUUCAUUAACAACAUUUGCAGAUGUUUUACAAUCAGAAAGUGAACUUAUAUGGAAAUUAGAAAAACUUCCUAUUAAUGAUGAAUCAUCAUAUCGUAAUAUAUUUCAAACUUGGUCUAUUAAUCAUUUACGUUUAAAAGAAUUAUUUGAUAGUGUUGAAAAAACUAAAAAUCAAGAAAUAUGGGGACAAAAUAUUGAACAAUUAUCAGUAAAUCUUGCUCAUAUAGGUCAAAUUGGUUUGAGAAUUUUAGAUUAUAAUUCAAAAAAGAUAUUACAUCGUGAUAAAAAUAAUACUAUGAAUUCAUGGACAUUAUCACAUUGGAUUUCACAUCACAAGGAAUUAUUAAGACAAUUAGAAUAUCAAAUUACAGAAGUAAGAUUAGCUGCUGUGAGACCAGUCCUACGUUUACUUAAUUCAAUUAAAAUCAUUCCAUGA